AUGGCAAAAAUAUUACAGACCAAAAUUGGAUGCAUAAAAUGGAUGCCUUUCAUGGUGGCUCUAAUUGCUAUUGCUUUUCCAACUGGAGUACAAAUUGUUGCUUCAGAGUCAACACCACAGUUCACGGCAAUGUUCGCUUUUGGCGACUCGUUGACCGAUCCUGGGAACAACAAUUACUUGAAUUCCUUAGCAAAAGCGAAUUACGUGCCUUAUGGGGUCGAUUUCGACCAAGGGCCUUCCGGUAGAUUUUGCAACGGCAAAACUGCUAUAGACUAUAUUGGUGACUUGUUGGGAUAUCCUUCUGUAUUGGCUUACACAAGCCCUUUAGCAACUGGCAAAAAUGUCCUCAGGGGAGUGAACUAUGCUUCGGCUGCAGGAGGGAUUCUUGAAGAGACGGGACGAAACCUUGGUGAAAGAUUCAGCUUGUCUGAACAAGUUGAGAACUUUGAGAGCACUUUGAAGCAAUUGAGGAACCAAAUGACAGAUGAGGAAUUGGGCACUUAUUUGUCCAAAUCAUUAGUUGUGAUGUCCUUAGGCAGCAAUGACUACAUAAAUAACUAUCUUCAGCCUUCUUUCUACUCCACAAGUUACAUCUACACCCCUAAAGACUAUGCUGAUCUCCUCAUAAAUCGCUACACAAGACAAAUUCUGGCACUUCAUAGCUUGGGCCUUAGAAAAUUUUUUCUAGGAGGUAUUGGGCCACUCGGCUGCAUUCCGAACCAACUAGCCGCCAAUAAUCCGCCACCUGGAAAAUGUGUGGAAUUCACCAAUAAUAUGGUCGAGAUGUUCAAUAACCGGCUCAUUUCACUUGUGGAUCAGCUAAAUAGCAAGUAUAAUAAUGGCUCUGUUUUCAGUUAUGGCAAUACAUUUGGAGCAUUUGUGGACAUACUUAACAAUCCUAACAUAUAUGGGUUUAGUGUGCUAGAUAGAGGUUGUUGUGGAAUAGGAAGAAACAGAGGAGAAAUAACAUGCCUCCCGUUUUCGGUGCCAUGCCCGAAUAGAAAUCAGUACGUAUUUUGGGAUGCUUUUCAUCCGACUGAAGCAGCCAAUCAGAUCUUAGCCCGAAGGGCUUAUUCGGGCUCCACCUCAGAUUGCUAUCCUGUAAACAUUCAACAGAUGGCUUUAAUAGACAAAUAGACCUUCCUAGUUGCUAAAAGGAAACAUAGAAAAUUAUGGAAGCUAAUUUUUCGAUACUGAUGUUAAUUACCAUUGUGUUAGCCUUUUCCACAGCUCGUUCAUCGGCUGAUGAUGCAAAUGCAAAGCCAAAAGUCACAGCAAUGUAUGUAUUUGGCGAUUCAUUGAUUGACAAUGGCAACAACAUUUAUUUUCUUUUUGCCGCAGCAAAAGCCAAAUUUUGGCCUUACGGCAUUGAUUUCGAUAAGGGCCGGCCCACCGGGAGAUUCACCAACGGGAAGAUACUUGUCGACUAUAUUGGUGAAUUAUUGGGACUUCCACUUAUUCCAUCAUAUGCAGAUACUAAUGUGAAUGGCGAGAGCAUCAUGUAUGGAGUAAAUUAUGCUUCAGCCGGAUCUGGAAUUCUUGAGGACACUGGAAAUCAACUUGGCCAACUGAUCCCCCUACGUGAACAGAUCAGUAACUUCGAAAAUACGUUGAAUCAACUCAAAGAUCAAAUGCAGACAGAGGAUUUGAGCAAUUAUUUGGCGAAGGCCAUCGUUUUUCUUGACAUGGGCGCAAAUGAUUACCUUAACAAUUAUUUAUUCCCUUUUGGACACCUAAGUAGCAAGAGUAAUAGCCCUCAAGAAUUUGCUGAUCUCCUCGCAAAGCAAUACGAAGGGAAUAUAUUGGAAUUGCAAAAGUUGGGAGUUCGAAAGUUCUUCAUAGCAGAGGUUGCCCCUAUUGGUUGCAUACCUUUUUUUUUAGGUCAGGGCGAAGUCCCUCAAGGAGAGUGUGAGUCGAGUUCAAAUAAUUUGGUCCAAAUGUUCAAUUCACGUCUAAAGCCCCUCGUAAAUCGGCUCAAUUCAAAAAACCCUGGCUCGAUUUUCUGUCUUGGUGGCAGUUUCGAAAUAUUCAUGACCUUGCGUGACAAUGCCGGUUAUUAUGGAUUUACGGUGAAGGACAAGCCAUGUUGUGAUAUCGGGAUAAAUAAAAGGGCAGCAUUGUGUCAACCGUACAGAGAACCGUGUUUUAAUAGGGAGCAAUACUUGUUCUGGGAUAAUGCUCAUCCUACUCAAGCUGCAAACCGGUUACUCGCGAAUUGGAUUUUUAACAGCACAACGUACAACUUUCCUUUCAGCAUACAGAAAUUA